AUGAUUGCUGCUUACAGCAUUGAUUACUACUGUAGGAACUUCUUUAGCGUAAAUUUAACCUACCAUUGGCUGUUAUUUGAAAACAGAGAGCACACUGCAUUUUCAGAUAACAUGGGCGACCUCAUUGAAGAACUACCCAUCCCGGAUAAUGCCCAAGAUUUGUCGAAAUUACUACGUUCGACGAGUACAAAACCCCAUCAAAUUGCCCAAAUAGUCUCAAAAUUUGAUAAUUUAGAAGUCUACUUCCCAAAUAAAGAGAUUUUUGUCUUAGAUUUACUCAUUGAUAGACUCAACAAUGGAAAUUUGGACGAUUUCAAGACCAGUGAAUAUACUUGGAUAACUUUCAGGAAAUUAUUGGAUGCAAUUGAUGAUCCAAUUUCAAUAAAAAAACUAAUCAAAAAACUGAAGACUGUUCCUGUAAUGAUAAGGACAUUUUACUUGUGGCCUAAAGACAAAUUGAGCCACGGCAUUUCGUUUAUGAAAGCAUUUUUUGCGAUUAAUGACUACUUGAUAGUCAAUUUUUCUGUUGAAGAGUCUUUUCAAUUGUUAGAACAAGUUAUAAAUGGAUUAAGUUCGUGUUCAACUACCGACUUUGCGUUUUCAUAUUUGCAAGAUGCCUGCAAUUUAACUCACAUUGACAAUAUUACUACAACGGACAACAAAAUUGCUUCUUGUUACUGCAAGCACAUGCUACUACCAAGUUUAAGAUAUUCUGCACAGAUUAAACAUCCCGUGACUUCAAAUCGAUCCUAUAUUCGCCUAUCUAAUUUUAUGGGCAGAUUCCUUUUACAACCACGCGUGGAUUAUAUGAAAUUAAAUAAAAAGUUUGUCCAAGAAAAUGCAUCGGAAAUUACCGACGAUAUGGCUUAUUACUAUUUUGCUAACUUCGUCGAUUUCCUAUCCAAAGACAAUUUUGCUCAAUUAGAAGCUAUCUUCACAAUUUUGGCUGCCAAGAACCCCAGUUUAGAAUGUCGAUUUCUGACUCUUUUAUCGGAAUCAAAGAAAACCGUGUCUCAAGAGUUUUUAGAAUCAUUAUUACUUGAAACAUUAACGUCGAGUAACGAAAAUGGCGUUUUAUUGUUAAUACCAACAAUCUUGAAAUUGGAUAUCGAGGUUGCUAUUAAACAUACUUUCCGUCUACUUGAGUUGAUUCAGUUGGAACAUUUUACGGAUCCUCUCUUUUCUUCUCGUAUUUGGGACUUAACAAUUCAAUCACACGCUAAUGCAAGAGAAUUACCAAAUUUUUUUGCCAAAAUAAAUGAGUACUGUUCGGGAAAAGGACCCGAUUCCUAUUUUUUAAUAAAUUAUCCUGCAUAUGUUAAGUCAACAACGAAGCAAUUGUUCACGUUAUCUUCAUUACAAUGGAAAAAUCUACUGCAAACUCUGCUUGACCAAGUCAAUCACGAUUCCACCAAUAGAGUUCCCUUAUAUCUAAUACGCAUAUGCUUAGAAGGGCUAUCAGGAGGCGCAUCUCACACAACUCUGGAUGAGUUAAAGCCUGUUUUAUCCCAAGUAUUUACUUUGGAAUCAUUUGAUAACAGUCUUCAAUGGGACCUAAAAUAUCAUAUAAUGGAAGUCUACGAUGACAUUGUCCCUGCAGAGGAACUAGAAAAAAUUGAUUACAUAUUGUCUUCCGAUAUUUUUGAUAUUACAUCAGGACAUCUUGAAGAACUGUUCUUUUAUUGCUUCAAAUUAAGAGAGUAUAUCUCGUUCGAUCUUUCUGGUGCGUUAGAAAAGUUCAUGAAGCACUUUGAAAUCCUUGACAACGAAAGUAAAUCAAACUUAUCAUUUUCUAUUGUGUCCAAAUUUGCAACAUUAGUUAACAACAACUUCACAAGAGAGCAAAUCUCUUCUUUGAUUGAUUCGUUAUUAUCAAAUUCGAAAAAUUUGUAUUUGAUAUUAAACAGUGACGACAUUUUCGAAGAGGCGAACAUCAUGCAUGCUUUAAUAAACAAGCUUGCUUCAUCGUAUCAUCAAAAUUUUGCUUUAGAAGCUUUGGUUCAAAUUCCUAUCCAAUGCAUCAACAAAAAUGUUAGAGUGACUCUCAUUAACAACCUAACGAACGAAUCAUUUUGCUCUGGUGCCGCUGCUAGAAAAUGCAUCCUUCAUUUAUUAUCAAGCCCAACCUUCAAAACUAAUAUUGAAACAAACUUCUAUGAGUUAUGUGAGAAAACCAUAAUUAGCCCGGAAAUGAUAAUUUCAGAAACAGAUCAUGAAGAAAUAAAAAUGGAAGACAAAGAAUCCAUUUUCGAAAAAGUUUGGACUAAUCAUCUGUCGCAGGCAAAAGAACCUGUGAGUCAAAAGUUCUUGGAAUCUGGUUACAAUAUCAUCAAAAAGUCAAUUGCAUUGUCCAAUUGUGAUAACAAGCUGAUUAUUGCUGGCUUUACUGUCGCAAAAUUUUUGAAACCGGAUAACAAACAUAGAGAUGUACAAGAUUUGGUAGUUAGUUAUACUGUGGAAAUUUUGAAAAAGUACUCAGAAGAAUGUGAUUCUAAAGCAGUCCCCCUUUUCAGAAUAUCAAUGUCUACAUUGUACAACAUCAUAACGGCUGGACAAGGUGAUAUUUCUAAGCACAAAGCGGAAAUUAUGGAACUGUUCUCUAAAAUCAUGCUUCGAUAUCGUUCUGAGAAAGUACACCAUGCACCAGAAGAACAGGAAAUGUUUUUGGUUCAUUCACUUCUUGCAGAAGAUAAGUUGGAAUACAUUUUUGCAGAAUAUUUGAAUAUUAACCAUACAGAUAAGUGCGAUCCUGCUUUGGGCUUUUGCUUGGAAGAAAGUCUUAAAAGAGGUCCUGAUGCAUUUAAUCGCCUACUCUGGAACAGCGCUAAAUCGUUUUCCACCAUAAGCCAAUCUUGUGCCGAAAAAUUUGUGAGGAUUUUUAUCAUAAUGUCGAAAAGGAUCUCAAGGGACAAUAGCCUUGGUCACCAUCUAUUCGUGAUUGCUUUACUUGAAGCCUAUACCAGUUGCGACAUUGAAAAAUUUGGCUACAAGUCAUUCUUCCUGCUGUUUAAUGCUAUCAAGGAGCUUUUGGUUUCGAAACCCUGGCUAUUUAGUCAAUAUUGUAUUGAGAUGCUGCUUCCUUUCUGUUUAAAAACCCUUGCCGUUAUAAUAGACCGUGAGUCAACGAUUGAAAUCAAUGAAGGAUUUGUUAAUAUUGUCGAAGUAAUAGAUCAUAUACUAUUAGUACACAGGUUUAAGUUUUCCAAUCGACACCAUUUAAUCAACUCUGUUCUUUGCCAGUUACUAGAAACAGUAGCAAUGCAUGAUGAUACAUUGCGUACAGAUUCAGCAGACGCUGUAGCCAGAUUAAUAACGAACUACUGUGAACCUUAUAAUGUAUCAAACCCUCAAAAUGGAUCAAAAAAUAACUUGAGCUCCAAGAUAAGUUUAAUAAAACAGUCCAUUAGGAAAAAUGUACUUGUGGUUUUAACGAAAUAUGUACAGUUAUCUAUUACGACGCAGUUCAAUUUAAACAUAAAAAAGAGUCUGCAGCCUGGUAUUCAUGCGAUUUUUGAUAUAUUAUCUCAGAAUGAGUUAAGUCAAUUGAAUGCUUUCCUUGAUACACCAGGGAAGCAAUAUUUCAAAACUCUUUACCUCCAGUAUAAAAAAAUCGGUAAAUGGCGUGAAGAUUAA